UUGUUGCGGGUUUCUUCUCUCAGCUGAUGGUGACGUAGCUGCGCGCCUUUAACCGAGUCCGUCUGUGUGACUUUUAGAAUCGGGGGGCGGAUGGCUGUAGGGCGCAACCGUUUCACACCUCCACGGCGUGAGAAGCAGGCCCGGAAUUAAUAUCAAUUACCGGAGGAUGACAGUCCACGGAGGGAACUCGGCUCCGGAUCCCGCUGCUGCUUCUGCGAGAUCCACAAAGUGACGCGCAGGAGACGAACCGCGGUCAUUCCCAUGGUGCGCAAAGUCCGGCGCACAGCGGUGGCAAUUUGAAAAAUAAAAGCAGAAAAGCCACACAGCUGAGCGCGUUUCUGAUCGCAACUUGGCGUUGUAUCGUAGCAGAAGAAGAGGAGACAGCAGCAGGCGGGGAGGCUUUACAGCAGCCGGAGAUUUUCCUGCGCAGCGGAGAGAAGACGAGGAAGAGGAGGAGGAGGAGAGCGCUGAUUCACGGCUUGCAGGAGGAGGGAGAGCCGCCGCGGAGAUCCGUCCGUACCGAGCCUUUAAAAUAAUUUAAAAAAAAAAGCCACCCUGAGCCCACCGCCUCCCACCCCCCUCCUCCCCCAUCUCCUCCCUCGUCAUUGACAGCGCUGCGACCCGGUCAGUCCGUCAGACGGGGAGGAUCUGGGGAGGAGGGCGCAGAGGCAGCGGAGAGGACGAAAGGCGAAUCACCUCUGGCCGGUUCGAUCCAAAAACGCCGAUACCCGAGCGGGGCUGCUGCCGGUGGGGGGGACCUGCCUCUCCGUGCAUGAGGACGCUUCUUCCACUGGGGGAUUUGUUUUUAUUUAUUUUAUUUAGGAGCACGUUAGACUGACACAGCGAGGUGAUCUGGAGACAGUCGGCGCGGCAACAGCAACGAUAUUAACAAUAACAACAAUAAAAGGGGGCGGACAGGAGAUAUUUCGCAGCCUCUACAUUUAAAAAAAAAAAAAAAAAAAAACUCCCCGGAAUACAAAUCCAGGUGGUGGGUGGAGAAAAGAACAGCCCAGUGCUGGAUCCCAGAGGGACUGUCAGUGUGGUAAGGACCCUUGAGACGAAGGAGGGUGCAUGGAGGGUUCAAGGCCUGUAAAACCAGGAUCGCCAGCCUGCCUCUGGUUGGGGCUGGUCUCCGUGGCUGUAGCCUUCCUUUGCACAGAGGCCCGGACCACUCCGAGCCCUCUGCUCAGCCCCAGCAAUGCCACCUGCAGGGGGAACUCAAAGUGUCACACAGGGAUCAUCCUGCCCAUCUGGUACCCCGAGGAUCCCUCCAUGGGGGACAAGAUCGCACGGGUCAUUGUAUAUUUCGUGGCACUGAUCUACAUGUUUCUCGGUGUGUCCAUCAUCGCCGACCGCUUCAUGGCAGCCAUUGAGGUCAUCACUUCCCAAGAGAGGGAGAUCGUCAUCAAAAGGCCCAAUGGUGAAACGACCACCACCACAAUCCGGGUGUGGAAUGAAACAGUCUCCAACCUCACCCUCAUGGCCUUGGGCUCGUCUGCCCCCGAGAUCAUGCUUUCUGUAAUUGAAGUUUGUGGACACGAAUUCAAAUCCGGCGAGCUUGGGCCCUCGACAAUCGUAGGCAGCGCAGCCUUCAAUAUGUUUGUCAUCAUUGGCCUUUGUGUGUCUGUCAUUCCACAAGGAGAGGUACGCAAGGUCAAGCACCUCAGAGUGUUCUUCAUCACUGCAGGCUGGAGUAUCUUUGCUUAUAUCUGGCUCUACAUGAUCCUGGCUGUGUUUUCUCCGAAUGAAGUCCAGGUCUGGGAGGGUCUAGUCACACUGGCUUUCUUUCCCAUAUGUGUAAUCCUCGCCUGGGUGGCAGACAGACGACUGCUCUUCUACAAGUUCAUGCACAAGAAGUAUCGCACCGACAAACACCGGGGCGUCAUCAUCGAGACCGAAGCCGAACGCUCCAAGGGGAUUGAGAUGGACGGCAAGAUGGUCAACUCCCACUUCAUGGACGGAGGUGCCGCCAGCAAUCUGAUGGGUCUGAUGGAGGGCAAAGAGGUGGACGAGUCCCGACGAGACAUGAUUCGCAUCUUGAAGGACCUGAAGCAGAAGCACCCAGAAAAAGAGCUGGAUCAGCUGGUCGAGAUGGCCAAUUACUACGCUCUAUCGCAUCAGCAAAAGAGCCGUGCCUUCUACCGAAUCCAAGCUACACGCAUGAUGACGGGCGCCGGAAACAUCUUGAAGAAACAUGUCGCAGAGCAAGCGAAGAAGAGCACCAGCGUGCAGGAGGUGCAUGUGGAGGAACCAGAAGAGUAUGUGUCUCGGAUUGCUUUUGAGCCUGCUGUCUAUCAGUGCCUCGAGAACUGUGGCGCUGCCAUUCUGACCAUCACCAGAAAGGGCGGCGACAUAAACAAGACGAUCUACGUGGAUUAUAAGACUGAGGAUGGUUCGGCCAACGCUGGGGCCGACUACGAGUUUACAGAGGGGACGGUGGUGUUCAAACCGGGAGAGAUGAUCAAGGAAAUUAGCAUCGGAAUCAUAGAUGACGACAUCUUUGAAGAAGAUGAGCACUUCUUUGUUCGCAUCAGUAAUCUGCGAGUCCUGGAAACUGAGGAUGAAGUGCUAUCGCCCAACAGUCUGCCAUACCCCAAGGCCAUGCUGGGAUUCCCCACCGUGGCCACCGUGACCAUCCUGGAUGACGAUCAUUCAGGCAUCUUCACCUUCGAGAGCAACUCGGUCCACGUCAGCGAGAGCAUCGGCAUUAUGGAAGUGAAAGUGCUGAGGACUUCUGGAGCAAGGGGGACGGUCAUUGUGCCUUUUCGCACGGUGGAGGGACUUGCCAAAGGAGGCGGGGAGGACUUCGAAGACACCUACGGAGAGCUGGAAUUCAAAAACGACGAGACCUGCAAACUCAUUCACGUGAAAAUAAUUGACGAUGAGGAGUAUGAGAAAAACAAGAACUUCUUCCUGGAGCUGGCCGAGCCUCGCAUGGUAGACAUGAGUCUGCAGAAAGAGCGACUAAAUACUGGAGUCCAGGGGCAGUUUUUUAGCCAACGCCGGCCCCUGAGAGCCCUGUUGUUAGCUGAUGAUGUACCAGACAGGAAGCUGACAUCAGACGAGGAGGAAGCCAAGCGGAUCGCGGAGAUGGGGAAACCGGUGCUGGGGGAGCACUCCAAGCUGGAAGUCAUUAUUGAGGAAUCGUACGAGUUUAAGAGCACAGUGGACAAGCUGAUCAAGAAGACCAACCUGGCUCUGGUGGUGGGAACCAACUCCUGGAGAGACCAGUUCAUGGAGGCCAUUACAGUCAGUGCAGACGAGGACGAGGAGGACACCGGGGAGGAACGUCUGCCGUCCUGUUUCGACUACGUCAUGCACUUCCUCACCGUCUUCUGGAAGGUCCUGUUUGCUUGCGUCCCUCCCACUGACUACCUGAAUGGCUGGGCCUGCUUCGUGGUCUCCAUCAUCAUCAUCGGCCUGCUCACGGCCGUCAUCGGCGACCUGGCGUCCCACUUCGGCUGCACCAUCGGCCUCAAGGACUCGGUCACCGCUGUGGUUUUCGUGGCGCUCGGCACCUCAGUCCCAGACACCUUUGCCAGUAAGGUAGCAGCAGUCCAGGACACCUACGCAGAUGCCUCCAUCGGGAACGUGACCGGCAGCAACGCCGUCAACGUCUUCCUGGGCAUCGGCAUGGCCUGGUCGGUGGCGGCCAUCUACUGGCACAUGAAAGGGAAGCCGUUCGUGGUGGAAGCCGGCUCGCUGGCCUUCUCCGUCACCCUCUUCACCAUCUUCGCCUUCCUGGCCGUCUCGGUGCUGCUUUACCGGCGCCGGGCCCACAUUGGAGGAGAACUGGGCGGGCCCCGGGGACACAGACUGGCCACGUCAGCCUUCUUUUUCAGCCUCUGGUUCCUGUACAUCCUCUUCUCCAGUCUGGAGGCCUACUGUCAUAUAGAGGGCUUCUAAAAAGCAAACAGACUCGAGUGAGUCCAGACGUGCAAGGGUUUAAAGUACAACUUCAGAGUGAAUUCUCACUAUGGAAUUUGGGUCAGUCUUGUAUGGUAUGAAAGGACAGGAGAGGUAAACCCGGGGUUUCCCUCCACGCUUCCCUCCCUCUCCCUCACUCUCUCCCUCAACCCCUUCUGUAAGGAUGCUUGGAGGUGUGAAUCCUGCCCUCUAGCGCCGAACAGGCCUGGCUGAUGUGAAAGCCGCCUGAGCUAGUGUGCUUACAGCUGGGAUUGGGUUACCACCGAAGUCCCGAAGACGCCGACGCCAAGAGGUGGUCCCGCAUUCCACUGGAAAGAGGCUGCAGUCUUAUUAAACGGAGAGAGUUGAGUUAAUCAGAGGUCUAUAUUUUUCUCAACAUCUGACAAGAAUGACUUUUUUUAAAAAGUAUUUUGGGGAUAAAAACGCAAAAAAUGAACGAAACAAAAAAAAAUCAACACACACACGCAGAAACACACAAAGAGGAAUCAAAGAACUAUUUUCUGAUCUAUGUUAAGGAAUAGCAUAAAAGAUUCUAUCGAAAAUGGAAAUAUGUUGUUGAGUGACAGUGGGAUGGAUUCAUAGUAUUUAUUUUUAUUUGCAUAGUUUCCUAAGGAGCACUGCAGAGUUCUCAGAAAUCCCACAUGAAGAAGAAGAUGAGGAGCGACAGUGACAGUUCACACACUGGCAGAUGAACCACCAUUCAAACAGGAGACGAGGUGAACACAGUGAACAUAGUCAAACUGCCCUGAACAUUACUUCCCUACUCUAAACGUAUCUAUAUAUAAUAUAUUUCCAUAUUUUCUGUAUAUUUUGAAUAUUUGUUUAAAUGUGGUCACCUUCUAUUCUAACAGAGGAUUGCUGUGGCUAAGCGGGAGGGGAGGGGAGGGGGGGCUUCAAACUAUAUACUGGAACGAUGUCUUCACAUUUCUAAGAGUUAUGUAUCUUGCCUAGGUAAAAGUAUGACAUUGUAUUUUAUUUAUUUACUGAUAUCUUGGUCUCACUCGAGUUUUCACCUUUUCAAUCAGAAAUCCGAACAAGAAAAAAAAAACAACAAAAAAAACCCAACAAAACAAAUCGUGUUGCUGCAGAGAUAAAUUCAGAGGUAUUUUUGUACUGUUCCUUCCAUGCACUUUGCUGUAUAGUUCUACUUAUGGAGACUUCUACUUGUACAGGUGCAAAAGGCCGAUGUUAAAGGUGUUGCUAUGGACUGAACAGAGUGCCUGUGGAGGAAGAGGCGUUCGCUGCAGUUGCCCACACCGACCAGCUCUUUGCUCUGCUAAAAACACUUGAGAGUCUCUUCCCUAAAUGGUGCAUAAUUGUUUUUUUUUUCAUCAAUAACAUCUUCUUUUUUUCUUUUUUCUACAAUAUAGUAGAGUUUAAGUCUUAGCUUAUGUGACAUUUUCUUUCAUUUGCAUUUUUAAUCGAUACUUCUUUUGUUAGCAUGCAAAAAAGUGCAUUAGCUUGCAACAUCACGGCUUGAUUUUCUCAAAUUCUCUCUUCUAAAUCGAUUUUCUUUUUCUACGUUUUACUUCUAAUCUCUAAUGUCUGAACUAGCCACGCAGGGAAGUCACUGCAAGCUCAUAGAUAAACGUUUACCUGCAAGGGCGAAUUGUAAGUUGUCUUUGAAAAGGCUCCUAAAACCAGAAUUUCUAAAUAUACAACAAUAUUAGAAUGUUUAUUUCUUAAAGUCCCUCCUCCGAUUCUUGAUUUAACACCUAGAAACUCAUCUGUUUGUAUCAAAGUCACAUAUUUGUAAGUUUUGUAGUUAUUUAAUUUGUUAGAUUAUAUUAUACGUUGCAUAAAAUUGUUUCAUACUGAGUAAAAAUAUUGGUUUGUGCCGCUUUAAGUAAGUAUCUUUCUUCACGUGGCAUUACAGACAUUCAUUUGUGUUUUAUUUAUUGCUAAAAUGCUACAUAUAUCACUUUACACAUUACAUAUAGAAUCUAACAUAUUCACCCCCCUUGAAAGUUUUCCCAUGCUGUUCAUUUUAAACAUUGAAUGAUAGUCAAUUUAAUUUGGCUUUUUGAGAAGAAUUUACAAAGAAAAGACUCUCUCAUGUCAAAGUGAAAACAGAUUUCAACAAAGUAAUGUCAACUGAUUAAAAAUAGAAAAUGUACAAUAAGUGAUUGCAUAAGAAUUCUCCUCUUUCAAGUUAGUAUGUAGCAGAUUCACCUUUGGUUGCAAUUAUAGCAUUGUGCAGAUAGGUCUUAAUCAGCCGUGCACAUCUGGACACUGCAAUUUUAUCCCAUUCUUCUUUUUACAUAGCAAUUGUGAAUCCAGCCACAAAUCUCACCUGGAAUGAGGUCUGGGAUCUGACUCAGCCAAAUCUGGAACAUUCACUUUGCUGGAAAACAAAUCUUCUCCCCAGUCACAGUUUUCUGGUAGACGGCUUUAGGUUUUCCCUACACUGAAUUCAUUUUACCUUCUACUUUUUAAAGCCCUCAAAGGCCUGUUGCCGAGAAGCAUCCCCACAUGAUGAUGAUGAUGAUGAUGAUAAUGCCACCACCAUGCAUCACAGUUGGGUUGGUGUGGUUGUGAUGAUGUGCAUUGGUGUCCACUAAACAUGGUGUCUAGUCUAAUAGCUAAAAACCUCAAUAUUGGUCUCAUGGGACUAAAGAACUUUCUUCCAGUUGACUUCAGAGUCUCCCUCAUGUCAUCUAGUUUACUCUAGUCAAGAUUUAGUGAGUUUUUUUUCUUUGUCGCCCUCCCAUAAAGCUUUGACCCCAGAAGAAACCAACCAAGUCUCUCUCAGCCACUGAAGCUUGUAACACCUUCAGAAGAGUGAUCGUUGUCUUGGUGGCCUCCCUCACUAGUUUCUUUUUUACAGUCACUAAGUUUUGAAGGACAGCCUUCUUUAGGCAUAUUUACAUGUGUUCUUUUCAUUUCUUAAUGAUGGAUUUAACUGUGCUCCAAGGAAUGUUCAGUGACUUGGAAUUUUCUCAUAUUUAUCCCCUGACUUAUCCUUUUCAAAAACUUUUUUGCAGCGUGUUCUUUUGCCUUUACGAUGUAAUUGUAUCCAGGAGCACUGAUUCACCAGUGACUGGACCUUCCAAAUACAGGUAUCUGCAUAUUCCAAUCACUCUAUAACCUCCAUUUCUUUCCAUAACUGACAUAACUUUGUACAAAUCAGUUUUUGCUUUGAUAUUAAAGAGUCUUGUUUUGUAAAUUUUGUUAAAAAGUCAAAUGAAAAUUGACCAGGAUUCAAUGUUGAAAAGCAAAAAGUGGAAAAUUUUCAAGGGGAGUGAAUACUUUAAAGAGGUACUUCACUUUUUUUUACAAUUAAAAACAUUGAUGAGUGCAGCUUUAACCCUUUGAUGCACAACAUGGGUCAAAAGUGAGCCAAAUCAAAUGGAAAAUGGGUAUCUCCUGACCCACGCUGCGCAUCAAAGGGUUAAGAAAGUUCCAUCUUUCUUUACUUGACAUUAUAGAACUUUAUUUGGUAUUCAUGGAGGGCAGUUAGCAUACAGCUGAAAUUGCUAAAAUGCUUACCUAUCAAUUUACACAUCACAUUUUUAGAUAUUUGGUUCAUAAUUAUCUUAAAAAAUAUAUUGAUCUGUGCAGCUUUAAGUACAAUUGUGCUUAACUUGACUUUACAGAAAUAUUUUGCAACCUCAGAAAUAUUGGUUUGUUUGUUUGUGUGCGUUUAAAAUUUCAGCAUAUUUUACAUGUUUUGGUUUUUUCUUUCCCAACAUUUGCUCCUGGUCAUCAUGCUCAGUUCGUCCUGAAACUCUGGAGUGCAGCUGCAUGGUGGAGAGCUGCUGGUGUGGGCUGGAGAGCAGCAGGUAGCCUGUUAUUGAUGCUGAAUGCUGUUUAAACACAUGACUGGUGCUUUUGUUUUUAAAAUGAGAGUUUAAGAAGAAGAAAAAAAAAACUCCCAAGAGCGGCAGAAAAACAUGUUUAUGACUUAAUUUGCAUAAAGUGUAGUAUGUAAUAAGUCGGUUCUUGGCUAAAAAUUUAAAUAUCAUCCGAGAGAUUAACCAAAGAGGUGGGAUGCAACAUAAAAAAUAAAAAAUAAGAAGAAAUGGAAAAAGUUACAAAAAAAAGAAAAUAAAUGGCGGUGACACUGUAUUUCCACAAGGGGGAUGUCAAUCUCCAGUCCCUGUGGUCGUCCCUCCUCCUUAGCACUCCUCCUCAGCACUCUUCCUCCUCCUCCUCUUCCUCUUCCUCCUCAUCCUUUGUGGUCGUGGCUGAUUCGGAUGCUGUUAUUCCCGGCCCUGGACCACACCUGCUCACCCCACGGUUCUCUUUCACACAUAUGAAAACACGUCCAGAGUAGAGCGAUGGGUCCACUGCUGCUGCACAAAGACGGAAGGGGCUGAACCGUCCCAUUCAGAGCCGGCAACACAGAAACCCACAUUAUGUACAUAAUCCUCAGUGUAUGUUUACAUAGACACAGUUAUAGGUGUCCUGUUGGGGGGGGGGUGAAACAAGCAUGACCACAUCUCAUCUACAGGUUUUUCUGCAGUCGCUUCAUCUGAGCCAGUGGAAGCGUGGAGUCAAUUUUCUGAGUCACUCUGGCUUGUUUUGUUCCCUUUUGUUCUUCUUUUUGUUAAAGUCCUGCAGGUGUUUGGUUUGUUCAGCAGGUAUCCAUGAACACAAGGACGCGCCGGUGUUCUUAAGUUUAUCUCUGCCUUCAGUGGCUGUUUAUCUUCUUUAUUUGGUUGUAUUCUUGACUCUUUUUUUUUUAAAUCUGCCGGGAUGUGCUAAAAUGAGCAGAAAAACGUCGGCCAAGUGUGUAUUUGUUUGCCGUGCAUGCUGCCGUGCCGAAGCUGAGGCGUCUUCGCACUUGUGUGUUGCACAGGCUGCUGUUGUUGUUCACGAGGGCACGACUCGAAAAUUGGUUCUGUCAUUUUGUCUUAAAAAUACAUGUCUUAAUUCUGUAUUUUAAAAAAAAACGAUUAAAAAAAGAAUUCUAUAUCUAUAUAUUUAUCAUACACAUCACUUCUCAAGGCACCAGUCGAUUAUUUUGGUUUCUUCUUCUCAGCCUGUGGGAUGGAAGUGAAAUAGCACCGUGCAGUACUUGGACUUGUGGUCGAUGACGUUUGUGAGACACUGAGGAAAAGUUUUGUUGAUGAGGUGAAUACUGUUCUUUUAACUUUGUUUCUCAUUUUCUUUUUUUGUGUAACGGAGAAGAAAAAAAAGAGGGGGGCACAUUUUAAUGGAUGGGUUUGUUUUUUUUUUCCUGGCCUGCAAUGAGAUGUCAAAAAUAAAAAAGCAAAUUUCCAAAGCUGACGGUGUUUUGAGAUCAACCAGUUUGUGUUCUUUUACUGUUCUAAAUAAAAAUGGCUUUCUGAUUCA